GCGUGGGCAUGAUUUUUCCGUGGCAAUUUAGGCUAUUUAAAGCUCAUUGAAUUCUAGCUGUUACUUAUGACAGAGCUGAGUAUCGUGUCUGGCGUCCCCUGUGGUUUGAUAUAUGCUGUGUCCUUCCUAUGAGUCAGAGGAAAUGAGUUGUAGCUGAUUGCUGAGUUUCUCAGAAAGUCUUUGGGCAGUUGUCGGGCAGUCUAAUAAAGGAAACUUGGGCAAUACCAACAAAUUGAACUUUUGAGAAACUCUCCUGGCCAAAGAGGACGAGUGCCUGCCUUUCUAACUCUAACAUGUCCAAACAGCCUACCGCUUUACAUUUGAUAUGAGUCCUGUUGAGGGAAUUUUUAUGGAUUGCUAAUUCUGUUAAGGCUGAUCUUGUGUUAAAUCCCUGAUGCAGUGUUUAGGCCUGUCAGUUUUAUGCCUACUUCUAGCUGCAUCCUUGUGCGUUGCCUGAAGUGUGGAGUCAUGGCAACCGCUCCUACCCUCCGACCUCGGUCCGCCUCAGCAGUGAGUGUCACUCCCCUGGGUGGGACAUAGCUACUCUUUCUCAGUGACAUAAUAGCAGAGGUCUUUGAGCCUGCAAGGCUCACUGCUUAGGUACGACUGCACAGUGACUCUGGGCUUCAUAGUGAAUGAAUACCGUUAGGUUUGGACUAACAUCCCCAAAGCAGCUUCCAUGGACACUGUAAAGAAUGGAGGAGCUCAGCCUGUCUACAGUCGCUGGUCGUACAGACCGUCCAGCUCUGCCAGCUUUUCCUCUAACUCAGCAACAAGUGGCCUGGAGGAUGACAAUGCCAGUCUUAUGCAGCAGAAGCUGGAAAAGCAGAGGGCACUGCUUGAACAGAAGCAGCGAAGGAAGCGUCAGGAGCCUCUGAUGGUCCAACCCAACUCAGAGACCCGGCCCCGGCGCUCCAGGCCGCGGCGAAGUGAGGAGCAGGCCCCAUUGGUGGAGUCCCGCCUCAGUAUCACCAGUGAUGUCAUCAUGGACGGUAUUGAUGGCCCAGCAGCUUUUUUAGGCUCCGAGGCCCCUGAUCUGGGUACAAAAAUCCAAAUCCUGUCAGUGAGCCAAUCCCAGUCCCAACCUCAGUCCCAACCUCAAUCCCAACCUCAGUCCCAACAACAAUCCCAAUCCCAGUCCCCUGCUGCUGAAGAGCCUGAGAGAGAUGGAGACACUGAGACGCUGCUGGAGCCUAAGACAGACAUCCAUGAAUUGCUACAGAAACGAGGUCUGUCCGGCAGUAUGAACUAUGAUGAAGCCAGUGACGAUGAGGAAGACGUGGAGGAAGAACGGACACGCUCUCUGUCCCCGAACACAGACACCACCAGGCCUGCGUCUGCCACCAGCGGCAAGUUCAAUUCAGAGCUGGCGACCACGGGGUCACCCACUGCAGAGAGCUCGCUAGUAGAUGUGGACAACCUAGAGGAGUUCGUCUUGCGUCCCGCUCCACGAGGUGUCACUGUCAAGUGCCGCAUCACACGGGACAAGAAGGGCAUGGACCGCGGCCUCUACCCCACCUACUUCAUGCACAUGGAGAGAGAGGACGGCAGGAGGGUGUUUCUGUUGGCAGGAAGAAAGAGGAAGAAGAGCAAGACAUCCAACUACCUUAUCUCGGUCGACGCCACUGAUCUGUCGCGAGAGGGAGAGAGUUUCAUGGGUAAAUUAAGGUCCAACCUGAUGGGCACGAAAUUCACAGUGUACGACAACGGCACCAACCCCUGCAAAAACCCUGGGGCACUGCUGGAAGAGAGCAAUACGCGACAAGAGCUGGCUGCCAUCUGCUAUGAAACCAAUGUGCUGGGAUUCAAAGGUCCGCGCAAGAUGACAGUGAUCAUCCCUGGCAUGAACAUGAACUUUGAAAGAGUCCCUGUACGGCCGAGCAAUGAGCAAGAGAGCCUGCUGAGUAAAUGGCAGAACCACUCAAUGGACAAUCUGAUCGAGCUGCACAACAAGGCCCCUGUGUGGAACGAUGACACCCAGUCAUAUGUGCUGAACUUCCAUGGCCGUGUUACCCAGGCUUCAGUCAAGAACUUUCAGAUUGUUCACGACAAUGACCCUGAUUACAUCGUCAUGCAGUUUGGCAGAGUGGCAGAAGACAUCUUCACCUUGGACUAUAACUAUCCCAUGUGUGCUCUUCAAGCCUUUGCCAUCGGUCUGUCAAGCUUUGACAGCAAGUUGGCGUGCGAGUGAACCACCACAGGUUUGCCAUACCUGACUCCCCCCACCACCACCACCACCACCACCACCCGCUAUCCCGCCUCCCCUCAAAUCUCUUCUCAUGGGACCAAUUGAAAUCACUGCACACAUGCUGUAGACACAUUUCCCAACAGGUAAACCCUCUGCUGAGGACUAAACGUAUCUACAUCGUCAUACCUGGACGUUUGCCUGGCCAUAGUCACCAGCAAAUCUGCCUCAGAGGAAAACCAUGUACAGUAGUUGCCCGUGACCCUUGACAUCUUCCCUCACCAUCAUCACUGACACAGCUUCUCAUUGGACUCACAAUGGUGACACAAAGGGGGUACAAUACUGAGCCAAGGGCAGCAGGAUAUUAGGCAAUGUUGGUGCUCCCUGUAAAUGAAUUAUGUUCAGCAAUCAUUCCCUGAAACUUUAUCAUCAAAACUCCUGUUAUAAAUUUAUUUCAAAGUGGUUAUUUUAAUGUGGCUUAGCCCUUACAUUUUUCUGUGUGCAUACACGCAUACAAAAUAAAAGGGAAAAAAAGACACAAAGAAAAACAGACUGCUUUCCUAUGUAUUUCAUUUGUGCGAGACAGGCCCUUCUAAAGGAAAUCUGUUGCAAUGAGAGCCUUUCAUCUUAUGAUUUACUGCCCCCCAGCCAUCGUUUAAAAAGCAGUGAGACAUGUACUAACGAUGCCUUUUCUGUCGCUUCUGUUGCCUUUAAAUUUGAUUUCACCCAUGAUGCCUUUUCUGUUGCUUUUGUUGCCUUUAAAUUUGAUUUCACUCGGUCUUUCCUUAGUCACUUUUAAACCAUAUGGUUCCAUCUGGCAUCUACUUACCACUGAUGUUGAAAUCAUGUUCAUCCAGUAACACACACCACCCCCUCUCCCGUUUGCUCGUGUGGAAAGUGCAUUACUCAGAAUAGGAUAUGUCUUGUUUUUGUGUUUCAGUGAACCAUUGUAAUUUUUUUUUAUCAUGUGAUAUUGUGAUUUUCUUUGUGUCUUACCAGUUGGAUUGUCAAGUAAGAGCAAGCAUAAAAGCAAGAGUUGCACAGUUAGACUGAAAAAAGGGAUUCUUAAACAAAUUCCUUCAUUAUUGUUUGAUUUCUCAAAAUGGUGUUUAAGCAUCAUAAAAUACUGACAAAAUGUCAUUUUAAGACAUGAACUAUCAAAAUAUUGGAAAUAAUGGCUGACAGUAGCAUUGAUAUGCUCUGUGCAGACAUUUCCACAGAGGAACUUCAUAGUCUGAGAUUAUCUUAAUCUACACUUAAUGUACAAAACAUUAGAAAUAUCUUCCUCUAAUUGAGUUGCAGUCUGUUUUGCACAGUCCACAUCUCAGUUGUCUCAAAGCCUAAAAGUUCUUCUCUAACUCCUCUGCUUUUCAAUUGAAUAAGGGAUAUCAAGAAGGGAUAGCAGCUCUUACCUGGAUUCACCUCAUUGUACCUCAUUAGAGGAGGAAGUGUCUAUAAUAUUUUGUACAUUCAGUAUUUGUAAAUCUGAACAUUUAUGUGAAAAUGUUUCUGUUUUAUAUAAACAUGUCCUCAGAUUUAAGGUCGCUGCAGAGCUAUGGUUAAUUAAAUUUGAGGGGCAGUCAUUUCAAUACACUCUGACAACCUUGGUCCUAUUAAAGAAUAAGGAUUUUGAAUGGGACGUCCCACUCAGGAUGCUUGAGCAGGGUUUCUCCCUCAUAUAAUGGUCUGUCAAAGCCCUAAAUCAAUGGCAAUUCUCUUUAUCGUGCAAAAUGCAAAUGCUCGUUUAUUUUUAAAAUAAUGCAUCAUGUUUAGAAUAUUUAAAAAAGGAAAAUGUGUGCCAGCAUUCAAUGGAAGUUAUGUUUUAUAUGUAACUUGGAACGACAGAAGAAAGUGUGUGCUCGAGUUCUGAAGAAGAAAAACGGUUUAUAUAAAAUAUUUUGAAAUAUCGGAUAUGCUUUUACUAUAGAGACUUUGGAAAUUACAUUCCACUCUGACGUUUUGGAGAUAUGAUAUCACAAAUGUGGCUGUAUUUCAAUAAAUGAAAACACUAUAAAUGGA